AUGGAGAAUUGUGACAGUUGUUCAGAGGAUCAGUUUCCAAACCAAGCUCAUGAUGACUGCAUCCCAAAGACAAUGAAUUUCCUCUCCUUUGAAGAACCACUAGGCAUUACUCUGGUUUCGCUGGCUCUUCUCUUUUCCCUGAGUACAGCUUUGGUGCUUGCAAUCUUCAUUAAGCAGCGGGACACUCCCAUCGUCAAGGCCAACAACAGAAGUCUCACCUACCUUCUCCUUAUCUCUCUCUUUCUCUGUUUCCUCUGCUCAGUUCUGUUCAUUGGGCAGCCCAAUAUGGUGACCUGCCUCCUCCGACAAACAGCAUUUGGCAUCAUCUUCUCCGUUGCCAUUUCUUCUGUCUUAGCCAAAACCAUCACAGUCAUUGUAGCAUUCCUUGCUUCUAAACCUGGAAAUGUUUUCCACAAAUGGGUGGGGAAACGGCUGACCUAUUCUAUUGUCUGGUGUGGAUCCCUUCUUCAAGCAGGCCUUUGUAUGUUUUGGCUGAGUUCUUCUCCUCCAUUCCCAAAUCUGGACCCACACACCCUGCCUGGGGAAAUCAUAGUAGAAUGUCAUGAAGGCUCCGUCACCAUGUUCUACUGUGUCCUGGGCUACAUGGGCUUCCUGGCCCUUCUCAGCUUCACGGUGGCCUUCCUAGCCAGGAAGUUGCCAGACAGUUUCAACGAAGCCAAGUUCAUCACUUUCAGCAUGUUGGUUUUCUGCAGCGUUUGGCUGACCUUUGUGCCCACCUACCUGAGCACCAAAGGAAAAUACAUGGUGGUGGUGGAGAUCUUUUCUAUCCUCUCUUCCAGUGCUGGCUUACUGGGAUGCAUCUUCACCCCAAAAUGUUAUAUUAUUGUAAUUAGGCCAGAGUGUAAUACAAGAGAGCAACUCAUACGCAGAAAAAUAUAG